UCCUUUUUUUUUUCUCCUUUUUUGUCACGAAACUGCCGUAUCCGCAUCGCUUCCUUGUUUACUUGUUCUGGGGGAAAAUUCCAUGUAAAAGACGAUAUUUUUUUUCUGGUACCUCGCGGAAAUAAUUUACAAGAAUAUCGAAUCCACGUCUAGAUCUCGCGUGCCACUAAAACAAGAGUUUGGUGGUUGUUUUUGUCUGAAUGGCCACAGCUUUAGAGGAGCCUCCGGGUCUUCAGGGCCAGACUCUCAAUCCAACAGAUGCGAGAAGAAAUGCGUCAUCAGAGGGUCCGAGCAUCGUCAUGUCUCCAGCCAUGAAAAAAACGAUUGGCCAUCGAGGAAUUGAUCCCAAAGGGGAGACGACGUACAAAAAGACAACGUCAUCGGCUCUGAAGGGGGCGAUACAGUUGGGCAUCACGUAUACGGUGGGCAGCUUGAGCCAAAAACCUGAGAGAGAUGUGCUGCUGCAGGACUUUGAGGUGGUGGAAAGUAUCUUCUUUCCCAAUGAGGGCAGUAACCUGACACCAGCUCACCACUAUGGAGACUUCAGGUUCAAAACGUACGCUCCAGUUGCCUUUCGAUACUUCAGAGAGAUGUUUGGCAUCCGCCCUGAUGACUACAUGUACUCCCUGUGCAAUGAGCCGCUAAUUGAGCUGUCGAACUCCGGGGCCAGCGGAUCUCUAUUUUAUCUUUCUAGUGAUGAUGAAUUCAUUAUUAAGACAGUGCAACACAAAGAGGCAGAGUUUCUACAGAAACUUCUGCCAGGAUACUUUAUGAAUCUGAACCAAAACAAGAGGACCUUAUUGCCAAAGUUCUACGGGUUGUACUGCAUGCAGACCGGUGGUAAAAACAUCCGUCUUGUAGUCAUGAACAAUUUGCUCCCCAGCGCAGUGAAAAUGCACCAAAAGUUUGAUUUAAAAGGCUCCACUUUUAAGCGGCGAGCUUCGCCUAAAGAGAGAGAAAAAAAUGUGCCCACUUUCAAAGACCUGGACUUUAUUCAGGACAUGACAGGGGGGCUGUUACUGGAGGCGGACAAAUACAGUGCUGUUUGUAAGACCAUCCAGAGAGACUGUUUGCUCUUGCAGAGUUUCAAAAUUAUGGACUACAGUCUUCUAGUGGGAAUUCAUAAUUUAGACCAGGCCUGUCGGGAGCAGGCCAGCCAAGAGGCUGCUGCUUUGGACCAAAGGAAGCCCCAAGUCCAACAGAAAUCUUUGUACAGUACAGCUAUUGAGGCCAUUCAAGCUGAUUCUGGAGGCGCGGGAUCAAUGGAGCCAGAGGACACAAAUGGAGGAAUUCCAGCACGAAACGCAAAAGGCGAGAGGCUGCUGGUGUACAUGGGCAUUAUUGACAUUCUGCAGUCCUACAGGUUUGUAAAGAAGCUUGAACAUUCCUGGAAAGCCCUGGUUCAUGAUGGAGACACUGUAUCAGUGCAUAAGCCAGGUUUCUAUUCAGACAGAUUUCAGAAGUUCAUGUGCAACACAGUCUUCAAAAAGAUGUCAAUGAGGUCUUCCCCAACUAAGAAGCGCCGUGCCAAUGGUCCAUUGAAAAAACCUGCUACUCCUGGGACCUCUAUGUGGACUCAAACUAACCUCAACAACCACCCGCUUUCACUCCAACAUCAAAUCAGCUCUGACACCUUAGAAGACAGUGAUGGAAACUACGCCUUGCAGUCAGGUCGUCCCGACCUCCUCCCACAGAUACCACCCAGCAGCACUCCUGUCAACACUCCUGGAGCCUCAGCUUCCUCCUCCCUGUUUAGCUCAAGGUUUGCUCCUACAGUUCACUCUCCAGCUCACUCCCAGGAAUCUUCAGAAUCAGGGGGAGAAAGUGAAAUUAAGGCAAAGUUCAACGACCAGGAAAGAAGCUCCCCCAAGAGAGCUCAGGCUUCUCUUGAAGCAAGUAUUACAGAGGAUUCAUUCUCCCUCAGUGACACAGUUUAUAAUGAGAGCAAAUGUUCUGUGUAAACGUUGAAAGACGAGUGGAACUCAAAGGAAGCAAAAAAGAUCUCGCAGAUUGUCCUAAUCAAGGUUGAAAUAAUCCAACCACCUUCAUGUUGGAGAGCCAGGACUAAAAUAAAGCCUCGUAGUGUAUCACUGAGACC